AUGCUUGCCCCUCAAAUCACAACACAGUGCUCCAGGACAGCUCUUCGAAGCGCGAGUCGAUGCGCUCCUAAGCUUGCUUGGGGCCAGAGCAGUCUUAGAUACCAAUCAUCGACCUCUUCGCCUGCUCCCCCAUCUGUCUCCUCAGCAACUCCCAAACCCUCUGACGCCAAAGCCGAGUUCAGACAUAACGAGCUCGCUAAAAUUAUACGUGACACUGUCAAAUCUACGGGGCCGAUUCCGAUCUCGCAAUAUAUGCAGUUCUGCCUAUCACACCCUACUCAAGGCUAUUAUUCGAAAGGCGAUGUGUUUGGUCAGAAAGGAGACUUUAUCACGUCUCCAGAGAUCAGCCAGAUAUUUGGCGAGCUCGUAGCAAUUUGGUUCUUGACCAGGUGGAUGGAAAAGGGUUCGCCAUCACGAGUGCGCAUCGUGGAAUUGGGGCCUGGACGAGGGACUCUUAUGGACGACAUCGUUCGGACACUGUCAAACUUUCCAGGGGUCGCUUCAUCUUUGAAGAGCAUACAUUUGGUGGAGAACAGUCUGGCUAUGCGGGAAGUGCAAAGGAAGAAGCUGGAAUCGAGAAUAGAGGGCAAAGACAUCGCUCUGAAUUGGUACACUGGUAUCAAUGAGAUUCCAGAAACCGAAGAUGAGUACACCUUUUUCGUAGCCCACGAGUUCUUUGACGCCAUGCCGAUAAACACGUUUGAGAAGACCGACAUGGGCUGGCGUGAAGUCCAAGUCACUCACGACCCUUCCUUCGACCCAGAGAUCUCGACGCCCUCCGCCCCGUCUGGCCUGCGCUUUGCUCUUUCAUCUUCUCCCACUCCGCUUUCGACAAUACUCCCCGAGACAUCCCCUCGAUUCUCAAAGCUACUGAGCGGAUCGCGAGUGGAGGUGUCGCAGGAUAGUUACAAAAUCAUGCGCCAACUUGGAGAGAUCGUGAACCAGGGCAAGGGAGGCUGCGGGCUGGUCAUUGACUAUGGUGCCCAUAAAGCUUUUUACAACAGUUUCCGCGCAUUCCGAAAGCACGAAAUUGUUGACGUUUUCCAAGACCCCGGAAAUUGCGAUCUCACAGCCAACGUCGACUUUGCUUAUCUGGGCGAAUCCCUUUCCAAUCUUUCUACCCCUCUCGGUCCAAUGUCGCAAGCGUCAUUCCUUCAGGCCCUCGGCUUCCAUCCCCGUUUGGCCAAACUCGUCGAGGCUGCGCCGGAAGAGAGGAGAGAGGAAAUUGAGAAGGGCGCGAAGAGGUUGGUAGAUCUGUUGGGGAUGGGAACGCAGUAUCAGGUCAUGGGGGUGGUUAGUGGGGUUGAAGAGUUGAAGGAAGGGAUCUAUCCAUUCUCAUUGAAGAAGGAGGAGGAGAAGCAGGUUGCGAGUAGGGUGCUGAGGCCGUAG